AUUAUUUAGAGUCGACUUAACAAUGAAUGAAAGUGAAGAAAUAAUUGAUAUUGAUGACAACGAGAUAAAAGCUGAUCAAUUAAUCAAAAGUCCUUUGACAAAAGUUCCAUCACCAACAAUGUUACCUGCAUCAAUACCAACCAACCAUGACAUGGAUGAAGAAUCUCGCAAAUUGAUCGAACAAAUGCUUGCAGAAGAAGAAUAUUAUUACGGACGAAACACAAUAACAACCCUUGAAUCAGCAAAGAAAAGAAAAAGGAAAGCUUUAAAUAAAAAAACAUCUGAUCAGUCAAAAAAAAGGAAAAAAGAAGCAACAGCUUUAUCUUCUGCAUCUUUACCUUCUCACAAUACAAGAUGGAAUGAAGAAGAAGACGAUUUAUUAAAAAAGGCACUUACCAAGUUUGGCUAUGGAAAUUGGAAAUUAAUAUCUGAAUAUGUCAAGACAAGAAACCCAUUGCAAUGUAAAAAUCAUGCAAGACACCUUCAACAGACUGAUAAGAUAGAAAGUAAUCUAGUACAAACAAAUAAACAAAACGUUUCAGUGGAGAUAGAGUCUCCAAUUAUCACAUUAAAAAAGGAAGAGCCAUUAGUAGAAGAAGAAAAAGAGAUAGAUGAUGAUAUUUUAUCUAUUGAUGACAAUGAUAAUAGUAAUGAGCAUAAAGAAGAAGAAGAUAGUAUAGCUCAAGUAUCAAAGGGAGAAGAUGAAGUAUCAAUCGAUGAUGAAAUUGAUUUAGUAGAAGAUAAGGUACCAAUUAUAGGAAAUAGCGAUAUACCCGGUAUUGAUGAUCAUACACCAUCACCUGAACUUGAACAUGAGGAUGAUACUUGUACUAUGGCUCCUUCUCCUGUUACAACUCAUACUGAUGACUCUAUUAUAAAUAAUACUCAUACAAGCCCUGAUACCCUUAAUACAAAUGAUGAUACCCAAAAGGAUGAAGAGCCAUUAACAAAUACAGUUGAAUUUUCACCCAAUGAAAUCACAGAAGAUGAAAGAAUACAAAAUCCGGAAUGGUUCAGGCAUAAACACAGUAAGACACCUGAUCGAUAUCUAAAAAUCCGUAAUCAUAUUUUAGCAUGUUGGAAAGCAUGUAGACCAAGAUAUCUUACGAAAACAAGUGCAAGAAAGGGUUUAAAGGAUUGUGGUGAUGUGAAUGCGAUUGGACGUGUUCAUGAAUAUUUAGAAUCCAUUGGUGCGAUUAAUGUAGGUUGUGUGACAAGUGCGCCUAGACCACCUCGACGUGUUCCACGUGAACAAAUACAGGAUGAUGAUAUGUUUCAUGCAGCAGAUUUGGUUAUUAAUUAUGAUGGACCAAGAAAGAGAAAAGUAAGAAAUGAACAUGGUGAAUGGGUUGACCCUAGAGAGCUGGAAGGAAGAGUGAUUGAACACCAAGUGAUUGUUAGAUUAGAUACAAAACCGAAACGUGUCAUCAAAAGAAUACCACAGUAUUAUGGUGGAGAUGAUUUUGGACGAGGAUAUGAUCCAUUUAGAUUAGUGCCUACCGAACAUUAUAAUCAUGAAGGAGUACCUCCUCCAUUUGAAGUUGAGAUUAAUAGCGAUGCUUUAUUAGUUAUGGAUUUUCAUUCACAUUUAGCACAUACUGAAAUUAUCGGAUUGCUGGGUGGUAAUUUCAUUAAAAAAGGAGAAACAAAGAUAUUGCAAGUCAAGACAGUAUUUCCUUGUAGAAGUACAAGUACAGGCAUUCAAUGUGAAAUGGAUCCUGCAUCAGAAAUGAAGGCAAGAGAGUGGUUUGCUGAAAAAGGUUAUAAUGUAGUAGGUUGGUAUCAUUCACAUCCAACCUUUGAGCCUCACCCGAGUAUAAGAGAUAUUGAGAAUCAAACAUCCUAUCAAACAUUAUUUAAAGAAGAAACAGGGGAUGAGCCAUUUAUUGGUGUGAUUGUAACACCAUACGACCCUGAAAUCUUGAGUGAAUAUUCACAAAUUCAGUACUUGCAUAUCAGUAAAGAAUGGGAUGAGUUACACUCAUUUCGUGUACCGUAUGCUUGUCGUAAAACAGUGUUACAAAAUGAGCAGGUCUCAAGUGAUAUUCUACAUCAAUUUACUGAACUUGUCAAUGAAUACAAGGAUUAUGAACAUAAAGUGAAUAUGCUAUCUGAUUUCGGUUCACAAACAAGAUUAGAAAAGUUAUUAGAUUCUUUAAGGGCACAUCUUUUUAUAGAGAAAGAAGAUGAAAAGCAAUUUAUUGAUAAUGUGAGACAUUUAAUAUUAAAUGACUUUAUAGAUGAACAACAACAAAGAGAAAAAAUAAACCAUUCUGAAAACGUAAAUAAUGAGUAAUAAAUAAACAAGUCCUUUAUUAUUAUUAUUAUUAUUAUUUAUAUGAUAUGUAUAUUGAUAUAUAAAACACAUACACA